AUGGCCCCGGCACGAAAGAUCCUGUUCCUCACGAACAGCGAGCUAGGCCAAUGCAAUGUCGCAUUUGCAGUGGCAGAGGAAUUUCUGCGUCGCGGCGAAUUUGACGUCCAUAUUGGCUCGUAUAGCCCGCUGGCGGGGCUAGUGGAGGAAUUGAACAAACGCGUUGGUUGUGGUCGACCGGUGGAAUUUCAUGAGAUCCCUGGUCCUUCUAUGACCGAUCUAGCCAUUCGCAGUAAUAUUGGUCUUCUUUUUCACCGACCAGGUGUAAAAGGUGCAACACGGGGAUUUCAGAAAGUUUCUACAGCGAUGAAGAAUUGGAGACCUUCCGAGUACCAUCAAGCUUACAGGAGCUGCUUGGCAAUGAUUGAAAAGUUGAGUCCGGAUAUCGUGGUGGUGGAUCCAAUUUUGCAUGUUGGAUUAGAUGCGUGUCGAACUGCCAAAGCUCGAGUGGCUAUACUUUGGCCGGUUCCUUUGAAGGAUGUGGUUAUUGCCAUUCAACCCAAGGCUGGGAUCUUCUGGAAAUAUCCCGUGUAUGCAUCUCCUUUCCUGUUGAGAUUCGGAAAGAAGCCGCUAACUCUCUCGCUCAGUACUGGUUCGGGGUUUCCUUUCCCGCUGCCAUGGAAACUUAUUCUCAAAAACAUCUACCUGGUAUUCCGGGUGAUCAUGACACUUACAAUAGGGAAAUCAGAACCUGAUGAGCUUCAAGAUGGCAAAAAACCAGAAGGACGAAAUCCAUUCCCAUUGGUGAACGCGUAUUCGAAGGAAUCCUUGAGUUUAACACCCGCCUUCAAGGAGCUUGACUUUCCACUACAUGUCCCAGCCAAUGUGAUCAGUUGUGGUCCAAUCCUUCGAAAGUGUCCCCCUCUCUCGACAUCCGACCCUGAGCUGGAAGCGUGGCUCACCAAACCCACUGUGUUGAUUAGUCUUGGGUCACACGUUCGACUAUCCGAGUCAAUUGCCGUCGAAAUGGCGAAGGGAGUCCGGAUGGUCAUCGCAGAACGCCCUGACAUGAAGAUUUUGUGGAAGUUAAAGUAUGAUUGGGAGAGUUCAGAUGAGUUCCAGAAGGUUCUGGGCGCAUUCAUCACUGCUGGAUGGGUGAAGGUGGUGUCCUGGAUCCAGGCAGAUAUUAUGUCUGUGUUGGAGACGGGUCGAAUUGCCACAUAUGUUCAUCACGGGGGAGCUAACUCCUACUUUGAAGCAUGCAAGGUUGGUGCUCCUCAAGUCAUCCUACCACAGUGGCUUGACACCUAUGACUGUGCAACUCGAGUUGAAUGGAUUGGAAUCGGAGUCAAUGGCAGUCGAAUUGCGGCACCCGGAGUCGAGGCAGAGGAAUUUUCAAAGGCUUUGCUCCAUGUUAUGAGCGAUGAAGGAAUUAGUGCCAAGUCGGCUGCGGUAAAGGAUCUUUGCAAAGGAGAAGGACGUAUAGAGGCUCAUGACCGCAUGAUCGAGUUUUGUUCGAAUUAG